UGAGGGUUUUUUAUAUUUUUGACGUAAUUUAUUUUUUCCUGUUUCUAUAAUCUUCGGGAUUAAUUCAGCAGGCCUGUGCUGUAAAGAAUAAUUAUAGUUUCUUAUGGUCAAUGCUAAAAGAAUUAGUUUUUGAUUACCAACUGAUCGAUGAAAUACUUGAAGCUGGCUGUAAUGAUUUCAGAUGGGGUCUAUAUAAUUUCUUAUAGCAACUGGCACACAUAUACAUAUCAUAUCGUUAUUUAUUGAUAUGUAGCUAGUGGCUUGUGGUAAAAGUAAUACCAUUACUGUAUCAUAAACUGAAUUAUAAUAUAACAGUGUGCGUGGAUAAAUUUUGAAUUUUUCUCUUUCUUUUGCGUGGGUGAUUUUUUUGUUGUUGUUGUAAAUUGAACGUGGGUAAAUUUUGAAUUGUAACAAUAUGAUCCCUUCUAUGUAUACACUUUGAAAAUGAAAACUCAAACAUCUCAAUCUAUUGAACGAAAAGCUCGUGGUUAAUCCAUUUUCUUGUUCAUUGCCAUUAUAAGCUCCGUGCGAUCACUCUCUAUAUUUAUUUGUUUUUUUUUUUUGGCGGCAAACGUCUAUUCUAUUAUUCAAACUUGAGGUGGUCUGGGUAGCCACGCCGGAAUAGAACAACCAAUAAAACAUAGGGAUCUAUGAAAAGAACACGCAUUCCUAGCUAACGAAUCUGCAAUCUCAUUUUGCGUCUUUCGUAAAUAGCUGAUCUUGAAGUUCGAAAAGCACAACUGAAGGGUUUGAAUGAUUUCCAGAUCAGUUGAGAAGUUAGGCCACGCUUUUGGUUCUUGUAUCAUUGCAAUCAGGUCCUUGCAAUCCGUCCCAAAUUCUGACAGGUCGAGUGUUGUAUCAUGCUCUCCAUUGCCCAUCUUAGCGCUUCUAGCUCUGAGUGUAACGGUGUUUCGCGCUGCGUUAAGUUCCUGGAUCUCAUAAGUUGAAUUUUCUCCGUGCUAUCCUUCCAGACCCAUCUCAUAUUUAUUUGUUUAUAUCUUUGUACCCACGCCACUUGAUAGCUAAUAAUAGUUCCUAAGCUUUGGCUUUGACCAUUUCCAACCCAUACCUAUUUUUUCCUCUAUAAUUCCCACAAAAAUAGAAUAACUCUAUUAUAGGGCAAAUUUUGCUCCAACGGUUUACUCUAUUAUAGAGGAAAAAAUAGAGGGAUUUCACUUUUCACUCUAUAUUUGAAGUGAAAAAGUGAAAUUCCUCUAUUUUCUCCUCUAUAAUAGAGUAACUCUAUAGGAAAAAAUAGGUAUGAGUUAGAGAUGCCCUUAAAGGAAUCAAAUUCUAUUUUUGUGAGAAUUAUAUAGGAAAAAAUAAGUAUGGGUUAGAGAUGCCCUUAAAGGGAUCAAAUUCUCUCAUGACACACAUGAAUUUCAAAAAUUCUCUCAUGACCCUGUUUUAAUUUGUUUUUAGUUUACAUUAAAAUUUAAAUAAAAAAACAAGGAAAAAUAACUAAAAGCCCAAACAAUUUUGAUUUAUUUACAAUCAUUACCCUUACUAUCCCCACCCAUAAACCCGACCCAUCUAAAACUCGGACCCUAUUCCCCUAAAUCCCUAAAUCGUAACACAACUUCCCCACUUUCUUCAUUUCACGAUCUCUGAACAUUUCGAUCUUCACUCAUCAAUUCCACCAGCGAAAAUGACAUCUAAACUAAGAUUCAGCAAGAAAAAGAAAGAAUCCCACCAAGGAAGAAAAAAAAAUCCUCACCGGCAAAGAAGAAGGAGGUUGAACCGGCUAAGAAGGAGAUGACUUUGCCGACGGGAAAGAAGAAGCGGGGUAGAUCGUCUCCAGAAGAGGAACACAAAGCAGACGACGGUGGGUCGUCAUCUCAACCCACGAAGCGGCCGCGUCUUACUUCAAACCGUAACCCUAAAAAUCUUCAACCUAAUCCGGCUGCUGCCUCCGCUUCUCCUACUCUGGCCGCUUCUCCUACUCAACCCGACAAUGAGGAGACACCCUUAGGACCACCAGCCACAUCAGAAGAUCCUCCACCAACGAAGAGACCAAAUCCGCCACACCAACAAGAUCCUCCGGAUGCAUCUCUUUCCCGGUUUUCCACUAAGGGUGGGACACCUUCUUCGGAACAAGGAGCCAAUGAGAAAAUGGGAUCGCAUGGUGAGCCUCCCACAUCACGAGAACCUAAUGCUACAGAAGAGCAAAUAAUGAUAUUGGCAUUUGAAAGUAUCCAAGUGCUGAAGGAAAAUUUUAGAGAAGAUGUUGAAGAAUUUGAUGAUAGCUGUCCAAGAAUGUGCAAGUCGAGAUUCCUAUCGAAUGGGUCGUCAGGAUAUGCGUUGAGCGAGAUAUAUGAGAAGCUUGGAGAAACAAAGAAAAUUUCUAAUAUUUUGAAACCAACCGGAAGCGAGUCAGAUCUAUCAGUUGAGAUCUUUGAUGAUGGGUUAUGGGAUGAUGUUGAGCUUGGAGAUGAUGGGGAUAGGGAUGACCCAAUUGUUGACGGUUGGAACAAGAUUAUUGUCCAUGACCAAGUAAAGAUUCUUUGGGAGGAUCUGUACAAGAUGGAUGUCAAAACUCGAAAGAUAGAACACGAGCCUGAGAGGAUUUGUGAAGAACUUGAGGGUCCGAGGGUGUGUGAGGAAAUUGAGGCAGGAUGUUAGAGUUUGGAAACACGAGUUGCUCAGUUGGAAUCAAUCAUGAAGGUGAGAGAUGACAUAAGCAAGAAUAAAGAGUAUGGCAGAUGACCGCAAUCCGAGGGACAGAUUUGGGAACAUGGAGAACUUGUUUGAUCAUGAUCGUUUUGACACUGGUGGAGGCCAAGAAAAUGAUGAUACUGAUAAAGAUGCCACAAAGGAGGGUGAGACUGAACCCGAGCAAAUGGCAGAAGAUGAUGCUGAUAAGGAGGCCACGAAGGAUGGAGAGAAUGAGUAUGAGAAAGAAAGCCAGGUUGAUGCUGAUAAUGAGGCCACAAAGGAGGGUGAUAAUGAACCCGAGCAGAUGGCAGAAAAUGAUGCUGAUAAGGAGGCCACAAAGGAUGGAGAAAAUGAGCAUGAGAAAGAUAGCAAUGUUGAUGCUGAUAAGGAGGCCACAAAUGAGGGAAUGAACCCGAGCAUAUGACAGAAGAUGAUGCUGAUAAGGAGGCCACAGAGGAGGUUGAGAAUGAGCCCGAGCACGCACUGCAAGAGGAUCUUGAAGUGAUGGUGGCAGCUGCAGAGAAGUUUGAGAAAGAAGUUUCGGAGAAAGAAGUUUCGGAGAAGGAAGCUGCAGAGAAAGAAGUUGUGGAGAAGAAAGCUUCGGAGAAAGAAUAAACAGAUGAAAUGGACGGAGAUAGUGAAGAAGAUUCACCGAAGAAGACGAAGAGGGUGCCAAAGCCUUCUCGUAUGAAGCAGUCUCCAUAUAUUGAGAAGUAAUCUAUGUGUUUCUUGUAUUUGGAACUUAAAACUUUAUGCUGCUUUUGGAUGUUGGUGUUGCUUUUGUCAAACAUAAGACUUGUGUUGCUGUUGUAAAACUUAAGACUUGGUGUUGCUUUUGUGAAACAUAGAACUUGUGUGUUUCUGAUUUAGUAGUGAACUUGUGUUUGUCAUAUUGUUGUUGAACUUGUUUGAACUUGACAGGUUUUUGGUAUAAUUAAUACUACCAAGUAAACUAUGGCAAAAUUACUCUAACGGAUACAACUGGUACAACUAAAUAACAGAAGGUACAACCAUGGGCGGAUGUAGCAUGCUAAUUAGUAGGGGUACAAUGAUUUUUUCCAUUAUGAUUUAGUUUUAGAGUAGAAGCAUUCAAUAAACCCUAUAGUAUUUAGCAAAGAAAAUUUUGAAAACAGUUGGGGCACGUGCCCCCGUAGCCGUUGUUUUGCGUCCGCCCUUGGGUACAACUAUUGUUCUUAAAACGUGAUAAUCAGCUAAAAGAUAAUAAAGUUAUUAACAAGUAGUUGUACCAGUAUUUUAAUUGUACAAUCUAAUAUAUAGUUGUACCAGGUAUUGAGUUGUACAAGUUUGUUCAUUGUUGUAUUUUGGUAGAGAAUAUGAAUUGUGUAGUUGUACCACAUUAAAAAUAUAUAUACCUCAGUUGUACAGCCUUUUAAUUCUUAAUUGCAUUGAACCACGUACAAAGUAAUCAUUAAUUUUGUUAAAAUAUAUUUUGUGUACGUUUUCCAAAAAUAUAGUUAACAAACUAGUAAACAAACCUUUAAAGUAUAAGGUAGAUCAUACACUUAUGUGAUUGUGUAAUAAUUGAAAUUUUUUUUGGUAAAACUUCAAAAAAUUAGGAUGAACCACUCUUAGGACAUUCCAACUUAUAUAUUCUAUUGUUAUUUAAUUAUUGAAAGCCAAAUGGAGUUUAAAAUGUCAUAUUUUAAGAAGUACCAGUAUUUCCUUCAUCGUGUCAUCAUACAGCUAUACUAGUUGUACCAGUACGACAACACAGAAACAUGAUUGUUAUGUUAUAUGAAGUUUUAUCAGUUGUACCUGUCGUACCUAACAGAAACAACACAUUACAUAAGUUCCACAACACUUAAAUAAGUUCCAUAACACAUAAGUAAGACUCACAACACAUAAUCAAGUUCCAUAACAUAUAAGUUAGAGUCAUUCAUCAUUUAUUUCCUUCGUUGUCACCUCCCUCGUCACCACUUCCCUCGCUGCCACUUUCCUCGCUGUCACUUCCCUCAUUGCUGCUUUCUUCGUAAUCGAUGUCAUCGUUGUCAUUGUCAUCUUUGUCACUGCUGUCACCAAGCCACUCCGAGAAUGGUGCAUACUUUUUCUUUCUCUUCCUCCGAUAUUCUCCCGCAGAUGGGAAUCUAGUAGUUUGUAAUCUUCCUUUUUUUUUUCUCCAUGCAUACGGCGGGAACACAACCUGAGAUUGUAUUUCCUCAUGAACUUGCCAUGAUGAAUGAUGAGGCACUGGAUAUAUUGUCAUACAAUAUGCGAAUGUCCACUGCUCCAUCCAAUAAUACUUAGAACAAUAAUUUUCAACCAACUGCUCUAGCGUAUCAUCUGUUGUAGUUCUGCAAUACUUCAUGAUCGCAGCAAGCGCAUGCACAUAAGGAUACCGGUCAAUUUCAAAAUGACACAUACUUAAACUGGUUCUUCUCAUCCACUACUAAGCGGGUGACAGUACGAGGAUUCAACCUUUCCAACAUGUACAAGUAAGACGGCAGUCUAGCAAAGCUCUCUGUUGGGCUCCCACGCAGAUCGUUGAUAGCUUUGUAUUUUCCUCUCCAAGCCAUAGCAUACGAAACCCUAACACCCAGUUUGUUCUCAACCAAAUCUAUGAAAUCCUUUGGUGCUGGAGUGUAAUACCCCGUCUUAAAAAAAAAAAAAAAAAAAAAAACCCUAAUUUCGGUUUUAUGGAAUUUCUCGGGGAAGCCGAAGGCUCGGGAAAUUUGUAUCCUCAAGAUUAAGUUUAGUCUGGAGUCUAUUAAACAUAUUUAGCUCAUCAGAACGGGAGCGGAAAAAUAUUUGGGAUUGAUCGCGGGACGGAAAUUCACCAGAAUGGCCGAAAUCGCGCAAAUCGACCGAGAAGUUCGAGGUGGCUUGAUCUAAGGGAUCAGGAUGUUGUGUGAACCAUUUAACCUGCUGAGUAUCAACACAAGAAGCAGGUGUAGACAUGCAUGAAGCAGUUCCAUGCAGCUUGACACACAGAAGCACGAGGUGUCGCAGUACUUGCGAUCUGCGCAUGCGAACCGACAAGAGGGCCGUGUGUCGCGAUGCAUGAACACCAGACAUGAUGAAGAGCAAGUGGACGUGGAGUUGUCUUCUGGAAUGGAUAGAGAGCAUGCAACAGGGCAUGUGGACGCCCAUGUGUAGCCACGCAUGCGACCGGAAGCAUGCAGGACGACACACAUGCGAUCGGGUGGCUCAUUCUUACUGGCUGGUGUCUUCUAUAUAUACUCAGCUCCCCUUUUCGUUUUAAUUCAUCCAAAACACUUAAAGACUUGGGUUAGAGAGAGAGAGACAAAAGUAGGAAAAGAAAGCAGGAGAUUCCGAGCUGUUACGAGAAUUUUAGAGAGUUUCUGAGGACCGAAGUACUGUCGGGAAGUUCCGAAAGACUGUCCAGAAGUGAAAGAAGGUUCUUUCCGAGUUCUGAUCUGUCCAGACCAGUCCAUUCAAGACAUCGACCUUGGAUUUUGGGAUUUAGCAUCACAGUACCAAGACGAAGAUUUGGAGGGGAGAAAAAGGGUUUGGUCAACAUCCGGAAUCAAAGAGUCGAGCCACAUCGCUUAAUCACUGUGAGUCACGGUUAAUUGUUUGUUAACGUGUUUUUAAUGCAGGUUCCUGACAUCAAAGACGGUUUCCGAGCUAGGAUAUCCAGACCGGUCUAGGUGUCAGUUUGUGGAUCCGAGGCUUGAGACGAUGUCUGGGCUAAGUGGAUAGCAAGACUAGUCUAAGCACCCGGAUUAUUGUGAUUAUGUGAUUAUUAUAUGUUGUUAUAGUGUGUACCUCGUGUUGGUACUGUUGUGUGAGAACCUCGUGGUGGUUCUAGUAGUAGUUUGCAGGUCAUUGCUUCAUCAAAUGGUACCACUAAGCCGGUCGUGGUCCGGAAAGUGGUGGGCUCGGUUUAACUUGGCUUGAUCACCAUGGCCGAGUGUAACACGUGGAUGUGACAGCCCCCGGCGAGUCCGAUAGAGGACCGGGGCACGGCGAUUCCGAUUGAGGACCGUGACCGGGCGAUUCCCGAGCGCCUACGCCUGUGUGGUGUAAUAGUGAAGGGAUUGCCGGUGUCCCUUAUGUGGAGGAAGAAUGAUUCUGUUGGGCCCUAGGAGUAUAUAUAUAUGGUUGAUUGAUGUGACACUCAUAAAUAGUGUUUUGAUUUACUAUGGUUUAGUGGUUUAUUGCCUGAAUCGGUCAUGCUUUAUCUUGAAUAUUGAUUGUUGAACUACCCGUCUUGCUUGUGUUUGGGGUUGGGUUUAGAAUGACGGGUAGUUGCAUAUGCUAGAUAGGGAACCUUGGCUCACUGAGUGAAACUAGUUCACUCACUCCUCACAUCCUUUUGCAGGUGACCAGUAGAAAGGACCAUAGCGCUCGCGGAACUGUACGAGCUAGUGUAGAUUGGACAUCUUUUGCUAAAGACUCGUUUUCAAGAUAUAUGAAUGUAUGUUUACCUUCGGCUGCGUCCAUGAACCAUAUGUAUAAUAUUUUGGGCUUGUGAACUUCAUGUUUUAUAUAUAUGAAAUAAAGUAUGUUUUAUAUUCGUGACGUGUUGAAUCUGAUAUUAGGUUAGUCCAACCUAACACAACUCUAUGAUUCGGUACGGGUUGCAAAGCCUCAGGCCGAAGAUUAGAGGAAACGAGUUUUGAAUGGAUAUUCUGGGUUACAGAAUUAUGUUUUGUGACUUGGAAAGUCUAUUCUCAACCCGUCGUAACACUUCCGGACUUGGAAGAGGAAGGUCGUUCGGGCAUGUUCUUGUUUGAUUGUUGCCCGGCUGACUGACCGAUGUCUAAAACAGUUCGGGGGUGUUACAGAGGUGGUAUCAGAGGAUGGUUUAGAUCAUGCGGUCAAUCAUGCAUUUUUCGUGUUUUAUCAAGUCAAAUGUGUCGCAAAAGAUGUAUUAGAAAACCAGCAGAGUUCCGCUCUAAUUAGUAUUCUAAAUAGAAAUUUUUUUGUUUGUGGAUUGCAGAUGGAAAGGAGGGGAAGGAGUGAUGGGGGACCAGAUUGGAUGUUGGGUAUAGACAGAGUCCCAAGAAGAAGGGUACUGGGAUAUGAAUCCGAGGGGAGAGUACAAACACUGACGCACACUAACUAAGAAUUCAGUGAAGAAAACGUAGGAAGAAAAAACAAUCUGUUUGGACAUGAUCAAGAGAUACCACCAGAAGAAAACUUUCCACCAAACCGUACUUUAAGGAGAAGACCAGAAACAGAUGAUAGCGAGUCGAGUGUUUAAGGACCAAGACCAAUAAGGCGGAACAACCCAAUUGAACCAGAAGUUCAUGAUCAACCACAACAAGGAGUAGGAAUGGAGCACACUCUAAAGAUGCUUCAUGACGUGAUAGCGAGGUCAUUACAACAACCUCAGAUGCAACCUCAGCCACUCGUGCCACCACAACCUUCAGUUAGUACACCGAUGUUACCGUUGAUAACUGCCAUGAAAAAUAUGAAGACACCACAUUUUGAAGGAGGGACAGAUCCAUUUCAAGCCGACCAGUGGCUUCGAACAAUGGAGAAAAACUUUGAGACCCUGACGUGUUCCGAAGAAUCUAAGAAGAAGAUGGCAGUGUAUUACUUAGACAAAGACGCGGCAGAAUGGUGGGAGAGUAGGGAUCACCAAGUAGGACAUCUGGUCACCACUUGGGUGGCAUUCAAACAAGAAUUUGAAUGCAAGUACUUCACUCCAGAAUCCAAGCGAAGGCUUCAACGUCAGUUUGCUAACCUAGUACAAGGAGACAAUACAGUUAGAGAAUAUGAAUCUGAGUUCAUGCGACUGCGACGACAUGUGCUGCGAGGACAAGAUGAUGAAGAAACCAUGAUAUAUAACUUUAUGUUUGGUCUAAAACCAGAGCUAGAAAAUAGACUGGCAGUCGAAAACUAUGAGAGUCUCACCGAGCUAGUGGAAAAGGCUGUGAAUGUGGAGAUUGGAUUGGAAGCUGAGAAGGCGGCAACUAAGAAAUCCAAGCAGCAUCAAGAAGGAAAGUAUGGUGGAAACCAAAGAUCUUUUAAGGGUAAAGAUAAGGAAAAGGAAUCGGGAGGGCCAAGUCGGCGAUCUCUGUUCACAGGGAAAUGCUUUAACUGUGGCAAGAUAGGCCAUAAGUCAAGUGAAUGCUACGGGAAGAAACCUGGAUCCUUUCAGUCAAACUCCUACAAUCCUACAUGUUUCACGUGUGGGAAGAAAGGGCACAUCUCUACCCAGUGCAGCGUCAACCGUCCUAUCCCAGCUACGCCAAUCACUGUCCGUCCUCCUCCAGCUCCACCUGCAAUCGCACCAGCGCCAAAAAGGCAAGCUAUAGGAGGUAGAGUUUACGCUUUAGAACUAGAGGAUACUAAACUUCCAGGCCCAUCUAAGGAUCCCAUCACAGGUUUUUGGGUUCUUUAACCUUACUAGAUUUAUUUUGUGUCGUGUUAUUGCUUGUGAAGGAUUGGUUACCUUCUAUUGGAUAAUUUUUAUGUUGUUGAUAUAUAUAUUGAUGUUAUGGCAGGAACCUACUACGGGUUACCUACAAAACAAAGAGUCUAAUGAGCAACUAUUUUGCUCAAUGAGUUGGGUUUCCUAACAAUUAUUUAUCCCCCCAUUAUGCAUCAAACAUUAAGCAACAAAGAUCAAUUAUAUUAAAAAAAAAUGCAAUGCAAAAAUAAAGCAAUCACGUAAACAAGCAUCCACUCUUCACGAGUGGUUAGAUCAUUAUCGAUCGUCGAGGACUGCUUCUCGCCAUUGGUUCCUAUCUCGAAACGAAGUCCAUAACACAUCCCUUCUUGCGCCCACUGACUCUAAACACAAAGUCUAAAAAACCGAUGGCCCAGAUAACACACUUGCCGCAUCGUCAUGCAGCUACACGGUCGAGGGUAGCUAGCCUUAUCACACGUGUCUUCGCGUCCUGUCCGGAACUAAUUUUGGUAAGGCCCCGGACAAGGCAUGGGCCUCAAGUGGACACCAAUGACUCUCACGACACUCCACCCGAGUGUCGGACCCUCACGGAUCAAGUCUGUGGAUUUACGGGUUUCCCCGUUAAAAUGUGAUCAAACAUGUUAUAUUAUCUGAGCCGAGGCCCAAACAAUACAAUGCAAUGACAUAAGUAUAUGCAACACAACAUCAAUGAAUCACAAUCAUGUUAUACCCCUCGAGCCGAGGCCCGACGAUAUAACUCAAUAUCUUUCACAAACAUCAAUCAUUAUUAUAUCAUUAUAUAUCUAAACGUGCAACCUAGCAAUGCAUCAACCAAUACUCUUGUUUUGCAGGCGCUAACCGCACACACAACAAUCAUAACCAUAACCAAGAUUCACCUCAACACUUAGAUGAAAGUUUCGGACUGCAAACGCUUCUAUCUCGCGGUCGGCUUCACUUUAAACUUUUAUCGGAAAACUCUAGAACUUUAGAAAUCUAGACACAGGAAGGGUAGGGUAUGAAAGGAAAAGAAAGAAAAGAAAGAACAGAAAGCUAACUAAAAAAAAUGAAAGCUAAAGACUAAAAAGUUACCUUAAGGUUCGGGUGUUAUCGGGUUCUCUCGGGUGCCUAUGGUCGGGUCUUAAAAGUGGAGAAUGAAUUAAUGGGGUGGUCUGCUAUUUAUAGGAUGGAGAAUGAGCUCAUGGGAGGGUUUUAGUCGUGCAUGGCAAGCAGGAGGUGUCUCUGCCUCCCAAACCAACCAAUAGGAGACAGCUUGGUGUCUUAAUUAGCCACAAUUUUGGCCAAUAAAACUAAGCUUUGUGGCCAGCCACCAAAGCAUCCAAUAGAAAUGCGACAAGAACUGCUUGGAGGUGGUACAGUCAAGGAGAAGCACAUGUCCAGUUGCCUGAAGGAGGUAAGCAAGCAGCUGCAUCUUCCGGAAGCUUCCGGAUAUGCUUAAUACAUCGUAGAUGGGCACGAAUGGGCCGCAUUCAAAUCCCGUACGUGUUAUAAGAUGAUCCGAGCUGGAGAAAAAUUUUCUCCUUGACAAAAACCUAGAUUUCUUAGACCAAAACAUUUUUAAAAUAAUUCUAAGGUCAUUCCUAUCUUAAGGCCCUAUAAUAAAUUUUUCGAUUAAUUUUCUCGUUCGACUAGGACGUUCUAGGCCGAACCGCGAGCAUUUUCAUUCCACUAAACUUCCCGAAGAAUUUAUUUCUUCAGAUGAAAAACAAUUCUAAGACUUUCUAAAUUUUUCUUAUGUACCUUGGGAUCCACAAACAUCCACAAGAAAAGAUCAAUCCGACUUCCACUUACUUGAGUAAUUUUCUCGGCUGUUAUAUGAUUUUUCCUUGUCUGCGUUUUACUCUUUAAAGAGCGUUAUUACAUUCUCCCCCUCUCGAUAGAAUUCGUCCCGAAUUCUUAGUGGUUUGAUGCUCCACCCAUCUGGUCUUCAUCAUCUUCCAAAAACAGUUCAGGAUGAGUAGCUCUAAACCUCUCUUCAUCUUCCCAUGUCACAAUUACUCGGCGCUGUUUUCCCCAAAAUACUUGUACUUGAGGAAUCUCCCGAUUCUUCAGUUUCCUUAUUCGUCUUUCUCCGAUUCGAAGUGGUCCUUCAGGGUAAGUGAGGUUGGAGCGAAGGUUUUCUACUCGUUGCGGCUCUACUUCGGUAGGAUCUCGUAUAUGCCUUCUUAACAUCGAGACAUGGAAAACUGGGUGAAGAGCCAUAUCUGAUGGUAGCUUUAAUUGAUAGGCUACUUCUCCAACCCGUUGCGUCACUCGGUAUGGUCCUAUAUAUCGAGUGGCUAAUUUUCCCACUUUUCCGAAUCUAUCUCUCCCUUUCUGUGCGGCCACCUUCAAAUAUACCCAAUCACCAACUUGAAAUAUUACUUCACGUCUAUUCUGAUCGGCAUAUUUCUUCUACCUGUCUUGAGCUUUCUUCAUAUUCUCCCGAACAAUCUUUAUCUUUUCUGUUGUUUCAUCUACUAUAUCUGGUCCUAACAUAUGUCUUUCUCCAACUUCAGCCCAACACAGUGGUGUGCGGCAGGGUCGUCCAUAUAAUGCCUCAUAAGGGGACAUCCCAAUACUUGCAUGGUAACUGUUGUUAUAAGAAAACUCUACCAAAGGCAAAUAUUGUUCUCAUGUACCUGACCAGUCUAAAACACACAUCCUUAGCAAAUCUUUCAAGGUUCUGAUUGUUCGCUCCGUCUGCCCGUCAGUUUCAGGGUGAAACGCCGUACUCAUAUGAAGAUCAGUCCCCAAUACUUGCUGGAAAGCUCACCAGAAUUGAGCCGUAAAUCUUGGGUCAUGAUCAGAUACUAUGUUGGUAGGAACUCCGUGUAAUCGUACUAUCUCCUUUAAGUAAACUUCUGCCAGUACUUCUACCUUGUUAACAACUCUAAUGGGUAGAAAGUGAGCAGUCUUAGUUAGUCGGUCUACCACCACCCAUAUAGUAUCAUUCCCUCUUCCUGGGGCUCGAGGUAGUCCCGUUACAAAAUCCAUAGCCACUGACUCUCACUUCCAUUCUGGGAUUGGUAGGCUUUGCAAUAAUCCUCCCGGCACUUGAUGGUCAGCUUUAAUUUGUUGGCAUGUCUGGCACUGAGCUACCCACUUAGCAACUGAUCGUUUGAUUCCUGGCCAGUGAUAGUAUCGACGUAUAUCCUGGUACAUCUUGGUGCUUCCAGGAUGAAUACUGAAUACUGAGUGGUGUGCGGUUCUCAAGAUCUCUUCUCUUAACUCCUUUCUUACAGGUACUGUUAUCCUUCCGUUCAGUAGGAGGGUUCUGUCAUCAGCCAAAUGAUAACUACUAUCAUUUCUUCCGCCUGAUUCUUCAAGUUCUUUUAUAAUCUUCUUUAGCUUCACAUCUUCCUUCUGAUCUUCUCGAAUUCUUUGCAAGAGGUUUGCUUGAUUCACUGCUUGUAAUCCCAAUGGCUCGCUGCCCUCGCCCUCUAUGGCUGAAAGACUAACCAUCUUGAAUUCUGCGUUUAAGGCUUCUAAGUCUUUCUCAAUAGCUGUAUCACUUCUUCUCUGACUCAGUGCAUCUGCUACCACAUUCGCCUUUCCUGG